GAGCACCAGCUGCUCCCCGCGCCCGGCGCCGCGCGCCGCCGCUCCGCUGCCGGCCGCUCGCUGCUCCGCCGGCGCCGCCGCCUCGCCCGCCGGCGCCCCUCGCAACUUGGCGGCCUCGCCUUGUUCGGCCCGGCCCGGCGCCGCCUCCCGCCCGGCGCCGGCUCCCGGUCCCCGGGCCGUGCCCGCGGCGGCUCGGAGCCGGCUGGGCGCGGAGGGGGCCGGGGGCCGCGGCUCGCCCCCCGCCGAUGAGCCGCCGCCGCGGAGCGCGGGCGGACGAUGGAACUCCACAUCCUGGAGCACCGGCUGCAAGUUGCCAGCGUCGCCAAGGAGAGUAUCCCGCUCUUCACCUACGGCCUGAUCAAACUUGCCUUCCUGUCCUCCAAGACCAGGUGCAAGUUCUUCAGUCUGACUGAGACACCAGAGGAUUACACCAUCAUCGUCGAUGAGGAGGGAUUCCUAGAGCUGCCUUCCUCGGAGCACCUGAGUGUGGCGGAUGCCACCUGGCUGGCCCUGAACGUGGUGUCCGGCGGUGGCAGCUUCUCCAGCUCCCAGCCCAUUGGCGUGACCAAGAUUGCCAAGUCGGUCAUCGCCCCGCUGGCCGACCAGAACAUCUCGGUGUUCAUGCUGUCCACGUACCAGACGGACUUCAUCCUGGUGCGCGAGCGGGACCUGCCUUUCGUCACCCACACCUUGUCGUCAGAGUUCACCAUCCUGCGGGUUGUCAAUGGCGAGACCGUGGCAGCCGAGAACCUCGGCAUCACCAACGGCUUCGUGAAGCCCAAGAUGGUCCAGAGGCCGGUCAUCCACCCUCUGUCCAGCCCGAGCAACAGGUUCUGUGUCACCAGCCUGGACCCUGACACGCUGCCCGCUGUUGCCACGCUCCUCAUGGACGUCAUGUUCUACUCCACUGGAGUGAAGGACCCCAUGGCUGCCGGCGACGACUGCGGCCACAUCCGCUUCUUCUCCUUCUCCCUCAUUGAGGGCUACAUCUCCCUGGUGAUGGACGUGCAGACCCAGCAGAGGUUUCCUAGUAACUUGCUGUUCACGAGCGCAUCUGGAGAGCUCUGGAAGAUGGUGCGGAUUGGAGGACAGCCCCUGGGAUUUGACGAGUGUGGCAUCGUGGCCCAGAUCUCCGAGCCCUUGGCUGCUGCAGACAUCCCCGCCUACUACAUCAGUACUUUCAAGUUCGACCACGCGCUGGUGCCAGAGGAGAACAUCAGCGGCGUCAUCAGUGCCCUGAAGGUCAGCCAGGCAGAGGAACACUAGAGGGCCUCUUCUGCUGCCCCUGCCGCUGCCGGCCCGGGCCCCGCCCCCACCCCAAGCUUGUUCUUGCAGUAUUUCUCCACAGACUGGAAAAUCGGCCCGGGGACCCCCAAGGAAGGGGCCUCUGGGAGACCCCCAAUUGCCAACCCUCCAGGCCUGGGGCCCAAGCCAAGGCCUCCCCAUGCCCUCUUGCCUUCCCAGAGCCUCCAGACCCCCGGAGAGCGACCUGCCUCCUCCCCCCGACCCCACCCCCAGAAAGUGGUUUCUGAGGUCCAGGGAGCGCGUGAGCCGAUCCACGUUCUCAUCCGUCCUCGCCCGCAGCCAGGGCAGAUGCCAAAGGAAGCUGGUCCCUCCCACGAGACGCUGGUGUGCCGUUCCUCAUGUCAUCCCGCGGGGCUGGCAGAGCGGGGCUGAGUUUGAGGAGCCCCGGAAGGCCCCCCUGAGGGUGGAGGCCGAGUACUGUGGUCGCUGGUCUCCAGCCCCAUCAGCUCAGGGCUGGUUCCCUCAGAGUGGAGGCCAGCGGGUCAGAGUGGCUGGGGAGGCUCAGAUGGGAACACGGCAGGGACCCUCGCUGGGAGGGACCCGAGCCACCCCGCACCUCGCCUGCCAACCACAGGGCCUGCGCCCGACUCCCAGCACGACUGCCAAGAGGGCCCUGUCCAGUCCUCCCACCACGAGCGUUCACUCCUUGGGGAGGAGGGGCCCCGGGAGACCCACCAGCCUGGAGCACCGGCUCCUGUCCCUUCUUUCCCUGGACCCCACUUAGGCAGGCGGAGCCUCAGUUUCCCCCAGCAGGAGGCAUCCCCAUGGGGGUUCUUAGGGGACUCCCCACCUCCCCAGCAGUUGACUAGACCAGCACAGGCCUCCCCGCCGUCCCCCCUCCCCAACUCCCCACUCGCCCGCCCGCCCGCCCCUCGGCUGGGGCCGCGGCGUUCCGAGUACUUGACCUGGGAGGCAGCUUAACUGAGCCUUAAUAGAGAAUAUCGUACCUUGUUUUAGUUUUUUAUUUAAUGUUUCUGCGCCCAGGCUGCUGUUGGCAGUGGUUUCUGUUUUGGGGGGCUGGGGCCUAUUUGAGUGCUGUCCGGGGCCCAGGGCUCAGUGUCACUUGGCUCGUGCUCUGAGGUUCAGGGACGGGCAUGAGAGGGAGCUGCGGCGGGGCCCUAGACCGCGUCCCGAGUGGGGGCCUGGGGUCGGAGGCCUGUUACGAAUGCUGGGACCAUUGACGCCCCGCCUGGGGCCUCCCAACCAGCCGAGGUCUGUCUGGGCAUCAGCGCGGGUGAGGUGGACAGGGGGUGGCAGGCCAGCCGGGUGGUCCUGUGCCCCGCGGAGGGCGCUGUCUGGGUGAGCAGGAGCCCUGCCUCCUUCCCAGGCUGCAGCUGAGUUGUGCUGCCCCCGAGAAGGUCAGAGGAGAAGGGAUAUUUUCCCGCCCUGGUGAAGGUAGGACCCUCUGAGCCCCGGGGCUCACCAGAGGGAGGAGCUUUCUUCGAGAUCCUUCGGGAUGCUGAAGGGCCCACCACACUAAUUAGAAACCCACUUUUUUUUUUUCUUAAGUUAAUUCAUUUUGCACAAAAUUCCAAAACUUAUAAAUCGUUUGCUGGUCCCAAGAGGGAGGUGGCCAAGUGGGAAGGGCAGUGGUUAAAGCCCUAAGUCCCCUUUCUGUCCUUGGAAGGCCUUGAUUUUCCUUUCUGUUAUGUCCCCGAUGGUGUCACUUCUCUGCCUUUCCCUCCCGCUGUGCAAGUGUGUCGGCCGCGUGCCCCCGAGUCUUGUGUUCCCUGGACCUCCUAGGACGUAUCUGUUGUACACACCUAUAAAUACCUAUGUUUUAUGUUGAUAGAGAUAUAUACUGUAAAUAGCAUAUAUACUUGAGCAAUAUAUAUGUUAAUAUAUACCGUGUGCGCAGUACGUGGACACAGCCCCACCGUGCGCGCGUGCGUGGGUGCGAGGCCUCCGCCCCAUGCUGUCUGCCGGGCACGCAGGCACGUUUGAGCCACCAUAUAUUUUUAAUUCAAGUAUAUAGGCAAUACGAUUAUUAGAGAAGACGGUUGAAUCCCUCAGACCUGACCGGAGAGAAAGCGAAACCAGCAGCCGAGGAGCCCGCGGCCCAGGGCACGUGCUGAGGGGCCGCGUGGUGUGGGUCGCAUUCUCUGCAUCCCCGUGUCCCCAGCCAGGGCCCCUGGACACUUGUUUUAUUUUGGGGGAUGUUGGUUCAGAGGAAAGAGUAGUUGGAAUUUAUUGGUUUUUAACAGAAUGAGCCCCCCCCAACCCUAGUGUCCUCACCCUGAGGACCUGGGCCCGCCGGAUGGGCCACACUCCCUGCCAUACCCAGGGUCCCGUCCUUGGAUGGUGGUUUUUCUGCAGGUGGCUUAGCUGAUCUUUUUUUUUUUUUUUACCUGCAAGCUUAGAAAUCUCAGGUUCUUUUCCCAGGUCUCCCCCUGCGGAUGGGCCGGUCUUACCAAGGAAAGCCUGCGUGCCAGGAGGGUCGUGGCGAGGCAUGGCUCUCCCGCCCUGGCCUGCUCCACAGGUGUGGCCCCUGUCCCAGCCUCCGUCUCGGGAGCUGCCCCCAGGGGACCCCACGCCUCGGCCAUGGUGGGCUCUUUAAUGUUCCCAUUCCCGUCCUCCUGCUUGUGUGAAGAAGCUUGGUUUAUCUUCUCUUGGUGUUCUGUGCGUAGUGUAGUCUUGCUUUGGUCUCAUGGCUCUUUGUGGGGGGAACGUGAGUGGUUUUCCCAGGGCUGGCUGCCCUGUCCUUUCCCCCCCCCGCCCCAGCCGUGUCCUGGGCUGCUGGCUGUGAGGGUCUCUGCGGGCCCCGUGCGGAGGGUCGUGUUUCUCAGCGGGGCCUGGGGGCCCGCGCCACUGGCAUAUGUGUGGGGCUGGCCGCCCAGCUGCGCCAUCCUCCCCCAGCCCCGGCUUCAGCGGCAGCUUGAGGAGGAUGGGCCUGUGGGGGAGGGAAACAGGGUCUUCACACCGUGGGGUCUCCAGGAACACAGCCGGGCUGCCUGGGCAGGGCUGCCACGAGGAGGGGGCGAGGGCAGCCCCAGAGCUUGUCUUUGCCUCUGGGGGGCUCCCUAGUAAGAAAAGCUCAGUCUAAACACCCCCGUCAGCCCUCGUGCCUGUACGCUACAGAUGGGGUGAGGGCAGCAGUGCCCCUCCCACUGACGAAGCCAUGCCUCGGCAUGGGGCUCCCGUGAUCCCCAAGAACCCCCCUUCUCCCUCAGCACCAGUCCUGGCCCUGCGAAGACCCGGGCAUGGCCAGCUCUGCCCCUCCUUCCUCCACGGGGUCUUGACACCCCCUGAGAGGCGCUGCCCAGCACUGCCCCAGCCCAGGUGUGCGCCCGGGCUGGAGAGGCAGCCUGACCCCGCUAGCCCCCUGCCCCUAAGACCAGGGGGCCCAGGGCCUCCCACACCACCAGCAGCCUCCCCUUCCCCCACCUCCAGGCACCAGGCCAAUCGCAGGUGGGAAGGGAGGGAGCCAGGUGGCCCAGAGCUGCCCACUGUGACCGCCCCAGCAGGCAGCACAGCCGAGGUGACUGAUUUGGUGUCCAGCAGGAGGAUGCUUGGUCUGGUGGGGCUGAUCCCUGCUGAGGUGACACGGGAUGCCAUGGCAGUCUGGAGAGAAAACUUGGGUGGGUGACAGGGCCAGGUCCCCAUCCAAGCCCAGGGUGCCAUUUGCCUGGUGACCUUCAAACGUGAACCUGGCCGCCUACCACCAGCUGCCCCAGCACCUUUCCCAGGCAGACCCUUAGGUGUCCCGAGGCCACUCCGGCCACCUCUCCACACCUUUAGAUCUGGAUAUGGGGACAAUUAGGGCUCUUCCCAGCCCUAGCUAAGAGAAGGGGCCUUUAGGGGACCCCCACGUGACUGCAGAGCACUCCAGCCCUGGGACUGAGGGAUCUUUGAUGCCACGUCCUGAGUGAAGCACUUGGCUGGGGGGAGGUGGGCAGGAGACACCCCCGUACCUCCAGCAGGGCUGGGAGCAGAGGAGUCAGCCUUGGCGGAGCCUGGGUGAGGGUGACGAGCGGUGGCAAGACCUCAGCGCUGGGUACCGUGCUGAGGCUGGGGCUCGAGGGGAGUCACCUUCUGCCCAGAGAAGCCACCAGCCCCACGGAGCCGCACAGGCACGCAGGGACGCUCGGGAAGAGUGGCCGGGGCUUGUCACGAGGGAUGUUGAGCCCUGGCAAAGCUAGGUAGCUUUUCCUGCAUCUCGAAGCUCAUCCCAGUUGCUUGCUUGCGUUUUCAAAUUAGAGGCACCAAAAGGACAAGUUUGAUUGUCCCUUGUGCCCUUUCCACAUACUGGGAAGAAGCCGCGGUGGGCUGUGGCUGGCUGUGCUGUCUGUCCCUCCUGCGAAGGCUGCUGUCCUGGACAGUGAGGGUGGGAGCGCUUGCCAAGGCAUGAGGUGGUCCUGGGGGCUGAUGGCACCAGGGGUGGCCUGAAGCCAAGCCCAAGACCCAGGCGUGGCAUCAUGGGCAGGCUGGUGGCGAGUGGUUGGUACGGGGGAGGGGAGCGCAGGGAGUCGGUGGUGCAGGGCGGCCUGCCCUGGGAGUCGGGACGCUGGUCUGUGCAUGUUUACGUGUGUGUGUGUGAGCGUGGGCGUGGUACACGGUAGUGUGGGUGUGCACACGUGUGGAGCCCACAUCUGAGCUAUGGGACAGGUUCUUUCAGUAUUUUGAGUCCUCGGUAGCAGUCUUGCAACCAGUACAGAGGCGGUUAGGGGAGUGGGGGCAGGCCCAGAGCGCGGGCCCUGGCUGCGGGGCAGCGUGGGGUUGACUGUGCAGGCAGAGGUGUCCCCAGAGGCCUGGCAGUCCGUGAGUCGGUCUGAAGGGGCAGGGCCUGGCCGUGCUGACUCUGCAGAGCGCCCGGUCCUGCAGACAGCGUUCACAGGGCGGGGCCGUGCGGGCUGGGCCCCCACACCCACCGGGGCUCACCCUGGAAGAGUGCCCAGCAAAGCUGGAGACCCCACUUCGUUUGCAGGGGCAAAAAGCAGGCCAAGCUCAGUGCGUUUUCCUUUCCGCUGCCUCGGUUUCCCUGUAUUCAGAAAACAGCCCAGGAAGAGGUGAGCAGACUGGCUCCGACGCAGGAGGGGCUCACAAGACAGCUCCAGGCCUGCCCCUGCUCUAUGCCAAAAUCAUUUCCGUUAUCCCGAGACGGGGCGAGCGGACGGUGGACGCGCUGUGGGGCUGUGAGGGCCUCCGCCCUGCCCAGAGCGCACCUUUGGAGGGGCAGGGCACCCUGCCCACGGCCCUCUGGCCCGGUCACCAGCAGUCGCAGUGGCACCUCAUUGGUCCCAGGGUCUGGGCAAAGGGGAGAACUGGCCGUCCUGCCCCCACCCCCAGGGCCCUCACGCUUAUUUUCUUGUUGAAGAAACACAAAACCUUUGAGAUUCAUGUACUGUAUGAUGGCAAGAAAAAGUACCUAAUGUUCCCCCCAAAAAAGACAGUAUAUUUUGUACUUUGUAAAGUGUUAAUUAAAAUGAAGAAAAAAACGA